AUGGGGUCGUGGAGAGGCCAUCUAUCUCGCAGUGUGAAGGAGCUUCGUUUUCUAUAUUGCCAAACUUCGCCGGCUAGUCUUCCAGCUCGAGAAUUUGUUCAUCGGAACUACAAAGAUUUGAAGACCCUGAAUCCCAAGCUCCCUAUUCUUAUCCGCGAAAGCAGUGGAGUGGAGCCCCAGCUUUGGGCUAGAUAUGACAUGGGUGUUGAGCGAUACGUGCAGCUGGAAGGUUUAACAGAAUUUCAAAUCAACAAGGCACUCGAAGAGCUAGUGAAAGCUGGAAGAAUCUCUUAAAUCUUGAUUCCGUCAAGUCUUUUCAUUUCAGAUUUUUUCAAUUGAAAUAAGAGUGUAUGGUCUUCUUGACUAAUGUGGAGUUCUCUCACAGCUUCCAUCAUCUAUUUAGCGUUCAGCUAUCAACUACUUGAAUCAUGAAGUGUGGACAAGCUUCUUUUUCUGAAAGCUAUAUAUUUAAAACAAAUUGGCUUAAUAUUUAUGUUACCGGCAACUAUUUCUAGUUGGCUGGGAAAUUUCUUACUGCAACUGCGUUUGUGCUCUUUCAUGUGAUAGGUUUAUUACAUAUCUUG